AUGGCGGACACGUGCAACAAAGUAUUUGUUGCCGUUAUCCAGCAGAAGCUUGCGUAUGCUCAGCAAGUACCAUGGGUGUUUGCCGCAGCGUUUGCGGGGUAUAUGGGCGAGACUUGGGGCCGAGUGAAAAAGGUUCUUCGGCCACAUCUUCAGAACGUUGACAACAUGAUCUCCAGUGGCCAAGUCGGCCUUCUAGACUCUGUUACACAUGCUUUGUUUGGACCAACCGACACAGGCCGCAUGCUCCGAGAAUUUCUGAACUCGGAGGAUGACGUGCCCCUUGAUCGAUGGCCAGCGUUGUUUUGGAAAGUACAGGAAUAUGCCUUUGUUUCUUUGUCCGAGCGACACACGGAGAGAGAGCAUGUCGGUGUCAAGGUUGCAGCAAACCGUGGUCUCACAAAGGCUGGGCCUGCAGUUGUCUGCAGCCGCAAGCGCAGAGAUCAAGUGUUGGAGAUGCUGGAAGAUGAGAAACAGCUCGCUUUCUUGGUCAACAAUUGGCGCAGCAGGCGCCUUUGGAGUAGCCUGCUGGAGCACAUGCUCACUCACGAAGAGGUUCGACUUAUGGACACGCCAAAGAGGCUUUCCCGCUUGUACGGGUAUAGCGAGGAAGACCACUUCAAAGAUUGCGAGGACUCUGUUCGUGCUGAUGCCGUUUACCGCCAAACUUUGAGAGAUCAGACUUUGUUACUGGCCGGAAGCUUCAAGCUUCCGAGUGCUUCCCACCAGGUAGUGAACUGGCUGAAAGGCCAUUUGGCGACGGGCGUGUUUUUCAGUGUGUCCACGCAUGUCUUUGAGCUACUUGUCGACAGGGGUCGGAGAUGUGAAGACCCAGCCGCAUCCUUCAGAACCGACGUGCUGCUGUCUAUUCUGCGAGCCGACGUCCACCCUCGGGUAAGUGAUCGUGCUUCGGUUUUCUGCUCGGUGCUGGAUGCCAGGCCAGAAGCAAGAACGGAUGCUCGUGUUUCGCGACCUGCUGCACACAUCACAGACCCGAAGCUAGGCCGCCGCAGCUGUGUGGUUGUGCAGCGUUUCCACGACGUGGAUGUUUCCCAGGGCGUGCACGGCCUUGGUGGAGAUGUGCGGGUGGCGUGCACGAAUGUGCGGAUCGAGGUUCUCGACUUGGCAAGGGUGUGCACAGCAGAGAACUUGAAAGCCUUUUGUGCAAACUGUUUGCUCUGGCGUGCUAUGCCUGCGGAACUGGCCUUGGCUCUGGGAGACGAGUCCACGCAGCCAGGUUUGCUGCAGGAGCCGCAAGUGCAGAAACUUCCAGAGAUUGUCUUAGACAGCGAUCCUGCCUGCUUGUUGAGUCGACCGCCUCCGGAUCCGCAUGUGGAAGAUGCCCUCGACAUCCUGCACCCCCCUGCCCAUGUCGUGCAGAAUGCGGACGACUCUGCGGUGCUGCAGGUCUACGGUGCUCCGUGUAGCGACCGAGAAAUGCAAGCUAUCAAAGAGUUGCUGCGAGCAAGGGCCAUCGGCAUUGAAUCUGCUGUGUAUGCCACAGACCUUGAACACUUCGAUGCUGUUGCACUGGAAGGCUUGCGUGACCGAGGUCUUGUCAUCUGCGAGACUGAUAUGUUCUCAGAUGUAUCCGUCGCCUUGACGGGCAAGUUGACCUACAGUGCAAGCUUGGUGCUGGCACGGCCAUUGUUGCUUUGGGAGCUUGACCAAACGACGUUGACUCGAGGCCAGAUGCCAGGCCGAUCAAAGUUGGAGUUAAUUCGUUUGUUGUUUGUCUUGGGCUGGGAGCCAGGGCUGGGCCGGGAAGCGUGGCAUCGCAAGCAGGGAGAGGAACGUCUUCCAGAUGACGUUCUAGUUUGCAGCCUCCCCUUCCUCAGAGCUUUGAUGCUGAGUCGGCUUAUAUGGGAAAAGCCCGGCAACUUGUCGGGCAUUUACUUGAAAGGCCCCCAGCAGUAUUAUCAGUUCUUGGUGGAUCAGGACGAUCUCAGCAGCUUGCGGGAUGCUUCUGCAGAGGAAAUCAAUGCUCGGUUCGCGCAGAAGAAAAAAAGACCUGCUGGCCGCAGCUUGACAAGAGAUGCGGCUACAGGUCUGGAGCUUGACCCAGAGGCUGAUGAUGCCGAGUUAGAAGAGCUUGUGCAAGAGCUGCCUGAAAAGCUCAUGCAAGCAGAAGAGCCGCAGCCAAGCAUGGCCAGCGGUGGUAGACGUGUCGCUCCUCUAGAAAUCGACUUGGGAGGCGGCGGGCUGCUGCCUUUUUGCUUGCUUGGCAAAUGCGAGCAGCUCACCACCGCAGAGCUGAAGCUCACAUUGCGGUGGGUGCCGGUGGUCUACAAACAGUGGGGCGAGGCGCAGCUUCCACACCUGCCGCCUGUGCUGUUGCCGCCGCAUCCGCCGGCGGCGGCGGCCACUUCUGCUGGCACGGGUGCAGCCCACGGUGCAGCCACAGGUGGCGGUGUUGCUGCUAACCCCUCGGGGGCUGCAGCAAUGCCGGCGCCAAAAAAAAAUCCUGGCCAGGUGGACCUAAGCAGCGAGGAUGACGACGAGGAGUCUGAGGAGGAGGAGGCGGCUAAGAAGGACGAGGACAAGGAGCCGGACUCCCAGUCGCGGAAGGAUGAUAUCGUGGUGGUGGACCACGACCAGGAGAAGAAGAAAGAAGAAAAGGGUUGCAAAAAGGAGGAGGCUGCUCAGAAGCGCAAGAAGAAGAAGGAGAGCAGCUCUUCCAGCGGAGGCAACAGUGAGUCCUCCAGCAAGAAAGAAAAGCCCCGUGCAGCCCCCGCUGCCAAGGAGGCCAAGCAGGCACACGAGGCCCAGGCCGACGAGAAAGAGAGCGGCAAGGCCAAGGAGCCCAAGGAAGACAAGGAGGCGGAGGCGGCGGAGGGCGAGCCUGCAGCGCGGCCUGCGAGGAAGAACCGCAGCCGGCACUCAGCGGACGAGGCAGAUGUCGUUCGCUGCGAGCACUGCUGGAUGUGUGUGAAGAAAGAAGGCCUGCAAAGCCACCUGGAGAACAGCGAAUACUGCCGCCAGUGGCGGCUCCACGCCGCCGGCCAAAAUGUGGCCGGCCAAAAGCCUGCGGAAGAGCAGGCGAGCUCGGGUGCGUGCCAGUGCAGACACUGCUCACGGCAGUUCAUGCGCAGGUGGGACAUGCUGCAGCACUGCCUGGGCACGCACCCGAACUCUGACGAGGCUAAGGAAUGCUUGCAGGCCAUGCACAAUAAGCGGAAGAAGCAGCCAUCAAAGGAGGACCGGGCGGCUAGCAUGAGCCAGCACAGGCCGCCGGUUCAGCUGCGGAGCAGGGGGCGUGUGGAGGAGCCGCCGCACAGACGUGGCCCGCGGCGUGAAGAGAGCCGAGAUGAUGAUGGUGGCAGCCGUGGGCGCCGGAGAAGCCGUGGUGAGAGCCGCCAGAGCCGUGGCCAGGCAAGCUCUCGAGGCGGCGGCCAGGCAAGCUCUCGGGGGAGCCGCAAAGGCAGCGGCCAGGCAAGCUCUCGAGGGAGCCGCAAGAGCUCCCGCGGCAGCGAGCACAUGGACCGACGCUUCUCGGGCCGCUCCCGCAGCCGCAGGGCGAGCGAGCCUGCGGCAAGCUCCGGCCGCCGUGGGCGCGAUUCGCGGAAGGAGCCGACAGGGCAGCUAGGCCGCAGCAAAUCAUCGCCAAGGGAUCGGGCCAUGGUGGCGGGUCAGAGCCAGAGCCCUCAGAUCCCCCAGAUGAUGCUGGCCUUUUUCGAUGCCACCACGAAGAUGCUGGACAUGCAGCAGCAGUAG